CCUAUAGUCUUGACAGUGAAUACUUUAGUGAGGAUGGUUAUGAUGUUUCUUUUUCUCAUUUUAGGAACCCAUGUGUUAGAAGCAUACAAUACUUGCCCUACCUGUGGCAGCAUUGAUGUUCCAUACCCUCUUAGCACUGAUGACAACUGUGGAGACCCUAGGUAUAAAGUCUACUGCAACAAUGGCAUUCUUGAGUUCUUGUCAGCUGCAGGGUUUUCCUACAAGAUCCUUAGUAUUAAUCCAAGUGCUUAUAAGCUCAUUAUAAGCCCACCCCCAAUACAGAAAGGCACAUGUUAUUCUUCCGAUUUCAGUUCAGAAGGUUUAAAGCUUGAUGAGAACUUGCCCUUCAACAUAUCAACUCAUAACACUGUCAUGUUGUUUAAUUGUUCUGACCACAUUCUUUUCUCACCCUUGAAUUGUUCUUCAAUCAGCUUUUGUAGGCAGUUUGAGGACAAUGUGGAGGAGGGAAUUGGGUGUAAGAAUACCCUUUGCUGCCAUUACUUGAAAGAUUCUGCCAUGACUUCACAUAUGAUUAGGAUCCGGGCGGUAGGGUGCACUGCUUAUACUUCAAUGGUGAAUAUGAAGCCUGGAUCUUCCUUUGAUUCAUGGACCUAUGGUAUUGAGCUGCAAUGGGUGCCCCCCAAUUGAGUUUGGCUAUAAGGCCUUGAGAAGGUAUGCUGUGCAUCUGACAUAUAUAUCAUUUCUCUUACAUACAUGUGGGCUCUUCACAACAUGAAACUCACAUAUUAUGAGAGAAUAUGUAUACAUGAGAUGCAUGGAAAAAUUAUUGAUUCGGCCACAUACCUACUAAACAUAGUAAGAAUUGUGCCAAAAAAUAAGGCUGUUGGUAUUUCAAUUCUAUGCUUUUAUUGUCAUAGUAUUAGUGGACCAGUGUUUUCUAGUUAGAUUUUGUGGUUCAUGAUUGAUCACAAGUCACAUAAAA